CCCGCCCGCAGUCUUUCCUCCCCUUCCCUGCCCGCCGCCCCUCGGCCCGUGGGUGCUCGGGGACCCACCUUCUGCGCGCCUCGCGUCUGCUCCCCCGUCCCCGCCGCGGCCCGGCUCCCCCGUGGCCCGCGCCCCCCGCCGCCACCCCGCCUGCUCGGGGGAGGGGAGAGGGGGGCAGGUGGGCGGGCACUAUUGUUGUAGGAGUCGGCGCCAGAUUCCUCAGCCGCGCUCGGGGUGGGACCAGCAGGGUUCGGGGGGUGGGGUGGGGGAGCGCUGAUUUGAGCUCGAAGCAGCUGGGCUUCUCGACUCGCUCCUUCCUUUGCGCUCUGUCGCUCGCCGUCACUGCCCGCCGGGCUGCGGGGCUCGGUGGCAUCUUUCGGGUGCGGCCGCUGCCCUCGCCCACUACCUCCGGGCCGCUCCCGCCCCCGGCGCCGCUCGCUUCCCCCCACCCGGACUCCCCCAUGUAUGACGAUUCCUACGUGCCCGGGUUUGAAGACUCGGAGGCGGGUUCAGCUGACUCCUACACCAGCCGCCCAUCUCUGGACUCAGACGUUUCUCUGGAGGAGGACCGGGAGAGUGCCCGCCGUGAAGUGGAAAGCCAGGCUCAGCAGCAGCUUGAAAGGGCCAAGCACAAGCCAGUGGCAUUUGCUGUGAGGACCAAUGUCAGCUACUGUGGUGUACUGGAUGAGGAGUGUCCAGUCCAGGGCUCUGGAGUCAACUUUGAGGCCAAAGAUUUUCUGCACAUUAAGGAGAAGUACAGCAAUGACUGGUGGAUCGGGCGGCUAGUGAAAGAGGGCGGGGACAUCGCCUUCAUCCCCAGUCCCCAGCGCCUGGAGAGCAUCCGCCUCAAGCAGGAGCAGAAGGCCAGGAGAUCUGGGAACCCCUCCAGCCUGAGUGACAUUGGCAACCGACGGUCCCCUCCUCCAUCUCUAGCCAAGCAGAAGCAAAAGCAGGCAGAACACAUUCCCCCAUAUGAUGUGGUGCCCUCCAUGCGACCUGUGGUGCUGGUGGGGCCUUCUCUGAAAGGUUAUGAGGUCACAGACAUGAUGCAGAAGGCGCUCUUCGACUUCCUCAAACAUAGGUUUGAUGGCAGGAUCUCGAUCACUCGUGUCACAGCUGACCUCUCACUGGCAAAGCGAUCUGUGCUCAACAAUCCUGGCAAGCGGACCAUCAUAGAACGCUCCUCCGCCCGCUCAAGCAUUGCUGAAGUACAGAGUGAGAUCGAGCGCAUAUUUGAGCUGGCCAAAUCUCUGCAGCUAGUGGUGUUGGAUGCUGAUACCAUCAACCACCCAGCACAACUGGCCAAGACCUCACUGGCCCCCAUCAUCGUCUUUGUCAAAGUGUCUUCACCAAAGGUACUCCAGCGUCUCAUCCGCUCCCGAGGAAAGUCACAAAUGAAGCAUCUGACGGUACAGAUGAUGGCAUAUGAUAAACUAGUUCAGUGCCCACCAGAGUCAUUUGAUGUGAUUCUGGAUGAGAACCAGCUAGAGGAUGCCUGUGAGCACCUGGCUGAAUACCUGGAGGUUUACUGGCGGGCUACUCACCACCCGGCCCCCAGCCCUGGUCUUUUAGGACCUCCCAGUGCCAUCCCUGGACUUCAGAACCAACAGCUGCUGGGGGAACGUGGCGAGGAGCACUCCCCCCUCGAGCGGGACAGUUUAAUGCCCUCUGAUGAGGCCAGCGAGAGCUCACGCCAAGCCUGGACAGGUUCUUCACAGCGUAGCUCCCGUCACCUAGAGGAGGACUAUGCAGAUGCCUACCAGGACCUAUACCAGCCUCACCGCCAACACACCUCGGGGCUGCCUAGUGCUAAUGGCCAUGACCCCCAGGACCGGCUCCUAGCCCAGGACUCAGAACAUAACCGCAAUGACCGGAACUGGCAGCGCAACCGGCCCUGGCCCAAGGAUAGCUACUGACAGCCUCCUGCUGCUCAACCCAGGCAGGCGCAGGCACAGCUAACUGGGGAACUCACUCACUCCAGGUUGGCAGGUUGGAGUUAGACUGGCAUUAGGCUGGCACUAGGCUCAGCCCCCACAAUCCCUGACCAGCCCCAGCUCCAGGGCUACCUGGAGUCCCAAGGUUUUGGGAGCAGGGGGCCCUCUUACCUCCUGGGCAGUGACCCAUGUAGGCUCCCAUACCAGGUACUAGCUGUGUGUUCUGCACCCCUGGCACCUUCCCCUCCUGCACAAAAAGCUGCCCACUGGGCAGUGCCCUCAGGCCAGGAUCCCCUUAGCAGGGGCCUUCCCAUCGCUCAGGGAAGGGAUGCUCCCUCAAUGUGAGAGGAUGGUGGUGUGGGCCGCACGACAUGAAGAAACAAGGUCUCUGAGCAGGUAUAGGUGAUUACAGUCAAAGGACUCAGGGGUUGUGCUCUGGGGUCUAAGAGCCCCUACUCGCCUCACUGCCACACAUUAGAGAUAAGACAAUCAAAGCCCACCAGGUGCCACUCCCAUCUGUCAGCUAGGGCAGGGCAUCUAAGCACAGCACUGGAGCAGUAGGCAGCCUAGGCCUGGCCAGAGCAACACCUCACAGCUGAAGCUCUUGGAAGGAGGGCUCUCCUCACGCUGCCGGGAAG